AAAGGGAAGGAAGAGGGAUGACUCUGCUGCAGCUUUUUGGCCACUUUGCUGUCAGUUUCUCUUCCUUUCUUUCCCUUUUCUUUAUGGUAGAGAGGGCGAGGGGCUGGGAGUUGGGAGAGGGAAAUGUUAAAGGGGAUAGAGCUGCUCUUCCGAACCCCCAGGCAAAAACCCCAGGCAAAAAAAAAUCCUUUUUGCAGGUUUUGUUGAUUUCCUUGUUUCAGGCUUUGGAAAAUCCAAGUGAUUUCCAAACCUUUUAUUCUUUUGCUGUUGCUGCUGGGGGUUGGAGCAGGGGAUUAAUGAUUUGCUUUUCCUUUAAUGUGUAAUUCAGGGAGAGGGAGAAGGUCAGGCCUGGUCACCUGACAUUGUGAAUCCUGUCAAUUCUGGCCACUCUGAAGGGGGUUUGCUGUAUUUUCCUCUUGCCCCCCUUCCUGCUCCAGCUCUUUUCUGUAGCCUUCUCCUCUUUCUCUAGCACUCUGUUUUGCUCACGCACAAUCCACACCAUGUAUUCACUCACAGCUUCAGGACACGUUUGGCUGAUUUUCUUUUUCUUUUCCAGUUCAGCAAAAGGGAACUUGGAGACACCAUCUUUCCAGCCUGGAAUCCUGUAUCAAUACCACUACUCACUGCAAGUGCAGCUAGAUUAUGUCUCAAGGUUGUCCUUGCGAGGAAGUUGGAUGCGGGCUGAAGCUUUGGUUCAGGUGCACCUGCUCUGGAGAAAUCAUGCAGGGCAGCAGCUUCUCCAGAUACAGCUCCAAGACCUAAAAGCCUACCAUGAUUCAGAACAUGAGAAGAGUCAGAAUCUGACUGGAAAUCCAUCCACCAUGAUUGUGCUGGGCAAAGAGGACAACGCGGAGCUUCAGCUGCCAGUUUUUCUCCACUGGAACAAUGGGAAGGUUGAAGGCUUCUUUGGAGAUGGAGGAGGAAGGCCCCUGGUCUUGGAUCUGAAACGAGGUCUCAUCAGUCUCCUCCAAUUCCAGCUGCAUUCUGGGACAGCAACUGAGGAGGAUGUUUCUGGGAGCUGUCAAGUCUCAUAUGAUGUUUCUAAGGACUCCAUUGUUAAGACAAAAGAUCUGCACAGCUGUACAAGGCCAAAGUUUGGAUUCACCUCUGUGAACAAAAUCUUCAGAGUUCUGUGGCAAGCCACCAGCAAAAGCUUGUAUUCUGUACAAGGAAGUCUCAUCCAGUCAGUGCUCUCAGAGGAAAGCCACCUGGUCUCGCCAGCCUUGAAGUCCUCCAUUGGCACCAAGAUCAUUUCCAGACAGAAGCUUGAACUUCUGUCUUCUUCAAUGCCUGGUCCUGCAGAGACUCCUGGACAAAGCCUUCAGGAAGCUCUGGCUGGCAUACUGGAAAAGCACCAUCCCAUAAGCAUAAUUAGCCAGCCUUUCAGGAGAACCUGCAUGCGGUGCCCAUCGCUCAAAAGCUAUUUGAAGACUUUUGGUAAUAAGAGAGUCAAAAUGGAUGUCUCCAAGUCGUCAACAACAUGGUGGUUCCACAGGUUCAUCCAUGUUCUGCGGGAUGCCAAGAAGAGGGAUGUCCUCCAGCUGCUGAGGAAAGCUCCGGAGAAGAUGGUUCUCUUCUUCAUUGAUGCUGCAGUGGCUGCCCAGUCAACAGCUUCCUUGGCGGCGCUCUCUGAAUUUCUAGAUUUUAGCAACAAAAAGCAAGCGCCCCUGCUGGAGCAGUUUCUCUAUGCUGCAGCCUUCUCUCCUCGGCCCUCAAAAGAACUUCUGCACCUGGUGCUAGAUAAGCUGAAUGGAAAGGAGUUAGACCCUGCCAUCUGGGAAACAGGGAUAAUUGUCAUUGGCUCACUAGCUGGCAAGUUGUGCCGGAUGAAGCUGUGUGGAUUGCAGGAAGUAGGACUUGGCAUGGAAACUGUUCUGAGAAGAUUAAGAGAGACCGAGGACAACUCUGAGAUAAUCAUUUACCUGUUGUCCCUGCAGAAUGCCCUGCUCCCUGAAACCAUUCCUACCCUCCUGCAUUAUGCAGAGGAAGGGUCUGCUGCAGUCUCAGGUACAGCAGUAUCUGCCCUACAAAGGUUCUCCUCUCAGCACAUCACUACUGAGGUGAAAAAGGCAAUGAGGAGGAUUUUCCAUCAGACAAACAGAAACUAUGAAAAAACCUGUCGACUGGCUGCUGCUGGAAUUCUGUUGGACAAUGAGCCUUUGCCCAUGGACCUCACCAAUAUCUUGCUGGCCACCAGACAGCUGGAAGCAGAAAUGUCAACAUUUUUACUUUCGAAAAUCCAGACCAGUUUACAUUCUUACCAUCACCCAGCCUGGAAAGCAAUGAAAGAAAUUCUGAAAGAUCCACACAUCAAUAAUUACAACUACCUCUCCAAACUGGGCAGUUCCUCUUCUUUCUUGGGACCAUUGGCAGUCACCGAGGACAUGCUGUCCACUUUCAGUCUGGAGCUGCUAUUCAGGCUCAUGAGGGAGAGCGUCUCUGGUUUCUUGCUACAAAGCCAUGGCCACCAGCUUCAGGCAGCUCAGGUCUCUCUUGAAGCCCAGGGGUUGGAUGCUGUGCUGGGAGAGAGUGGCACUGAAGGAGAAGAGGAACAGGAGCUGAUGGCUGGGAUGUCCGCCAUUUUCUUCGAUGUCCAGUUACGGCCAAUUGUUUUCUUCCGAGGUUAUGCAGAUUUAAUGGCCAAGGUCCUCUUAAGCAGUGGAGAGCCAACCAGCGUGGUGAAAGGGAAUGUCCUGCUGAUGGAUCAUGAGCAGGCAAUUCCACUUCAGUCGGGGCUGCAAACCGUGGUUAAACUUCAGGGGGCACUUGGAUUAGAUAUUUCUGCAACCAUUGAUAUGAAUAUAUGGGAGCAAGAAUCAAGAACCAGCAUCAAAACAAGGGGUGGACUGGCCAUUGACUUCACAGCAGAAAUUGAUGCCCCUUCCUUUCAAGCCAGUGUGAAAAGCCAGACAGAGGCAGAAGCCUCAAUCAAUUUUGAUACAGCAGUUAGAUUUUCUGGAAGUCCUGUGCUCAUGUGUCUGCAGCUAAGGGAGGAGCAGCUCCCUUACAGAGAAAUCUUUACAACCUCUGAAUCAUCACUGAACCAAAGCAUCACUGUUCGCAAGGGGAGACAGGGUACUAUUGCUGGUCGCGAGCUUCCCUUGCACAAGGCCAACUCUGAGAUGUGCAAGAUCCUAUUGACAGAGGCAAAGGAGCAGUAGAGGAAUCAAUGUGUGCUAGGACUGGAUUUAUCCUUCCUCCCUUUUCCUUGGUUACAACUCUCAAUGAGCUGCAUUCCAUGAGCCAGACCAGGACUGAUAUGGGCAGCCCAGAGCCCUUUCUGGUUCACACAAGCGUCUGCUUUUAACUGACAUGAAAAAUGAGUGAACCUAUUGCAGGGAAAUAUACUGAAAUCAGGACGCCAAAAGUAGUGGGACAUGAAUUCCUACAGUCCAUCAAGAGAAGUCUCUUGUAAAGGGCUCACUCUGAAAUGUGCAAGAUCCUAUUGGCACAGUCAAAGAAACAGUAAAAGAAUUAACAUGUUCUGGGUCUGACCUUUAGAAUCCUUAAGACAGCAAGAAGGGGAAAAGAAUUUGCAUUAUCAUGAACUCUUCCCUGAGAUGCUCAUGCUCCAGAUGGGAUGGUCCCUUAGAAGCAAAACUGGGCCACCAUAAGUGUCACAGCUGAGUCCCUUUAUUUUGAGAGUCAUAAGGUGAAUUUCAGCCAGUAUUACAAAAGUGUGCUGAGAGAAGAUACCCAGAAUGGAGAGCCAAUAGACACAUUUCUUCCCACUUACCUGAGCAACUGCAAUCAAGUUAGCUUUUCCAGAGAGACUGGUCAAAACUUCCAGGGACUGAGGAAACUAAUGGAAUCCAAUGUUGCAAGAUUUGGUAACUGUAAUAGGGUUCCAUGUGAAAAAGGGGAGCUUCAUUUUUAGGGGUAUUUGAUUUUUGGGGAAAAAGCAGUAAGACAAAAAAGCUGAACAUUCUGUGAGCAAUUAUACAUUUCUUUUGGUAUAAUUAAAAGUGUUUGUAACUGAA